AUGCGGGGCGCCCUGCAGGCGGCGGCGGCGGCGGCGGGUUUCAGCGACUCCAAUAAGCUGGGCUCUGGCGGGUACGGCCCCGUGUACAAGGGUCUGCUGGACGGCCUGCCCGUGGCGGUCAAGUGCCUGGACACGUCAGAGGGCGCGAUGCAGGGGGAGGUUGAAUUCUUGCAGGAGGCCCAGAUCCUGGGGCGCCUGCACCACCCCCACAUCGUGCUGCUGAUAGGGGUGUGCCCCGCGUGCUGCAUGCUGGUGUACGAGCUGCUGGACAACGGGAACCUGGAGGAGCACAUACUGGGCAGCAGGGGGGACGACCUGCUGUGGCAGGACCGCGUGCGCAUCACCGCCGAGGUGGCGAGCGCGCUGCUGUUCCUGCACAGCGCCCCAGAGCCCAUCAUUCACCUGGACCUGAAGCCGGCCAACAUUCUGCUGUCGCGCAACCUGACCAGCAAAAUUGGCGACGUCGGCCUCAGCCGGCUAGCGCCCUCCCUGGUGCCUGGCGGGGGGCAGUCCACCGUGAUGGACACGCGGCUCGUGGGGACGCCAUCAUUCAUGGACCCGGAGUACCUGCGCACAGGGCGGUUUGGCCCCAAGUCUGACAUCUUCUCAUUGGGUGCGCCCGACACACCCGCACGGCAGGGCUCGCUGCUUGCAGCCGCUCCACAGAAACGCUCUUGGCAGCCCACCACGCCCUGA